AUGGAAGUGCCCCUCAACUUCAUUUCUUUGGCCCUUGUGGUAAACCUGAUAAUUGCACCUGUAUACUCCGUACAGAUUCGGAAUUCGUCCGGUGCACCCCCUGAGGGUAUUGCCGUGGGAUGUUGGAAUGCAUUGAGCACAAACAUCACAUGUAGUCAGUUGGUGCCCGCAUACAAGGUCUCACAGCAAGUGCUUUACAGCAACACAGAUCUUUCGAAGCUAUGCACGACAACAUGUUCGAAUUCACUACAUGAAUUCCAAGAAGAUGUCUAUGAAAGCUGCGGUGAUGCCACUCUGAGUUUUGAUGGUAGAAAUACUACUGCUGCUGAGCUUGUUGAUCCUCUAGUUUGGGCGUAUAAUGUUACUUGUCUUCAGGAUUCUUCAGGAUUUUGCAAUCCUCAGAUAUUUAACUCAUCAUAUUUUCUUGAUGGCUGUUCCGAUUGUGUUCUUUCAUAUAUCGCUCGCAUGCUUGAGUCCGAUUACGGCCGCGUCAGAUUCAAUGAUAAGGGCUUCUCUAGCCAACUCUCAUCAUGUGGUGUUCCUGCUACUAAGUAUCCAUAUACGACCCCAACUUCGUCUCCUCUCUCAUCAAGUACAGCGCCUGGGUCGGCGUCAUCAACGCCUACAACGCGAGCCUGCAGUGGUGAUAGCUAUACCGUCGGUGAGGACGAUAGUUGUGAGUCAAUUGCUGAAGCCAAUUCAAUCCCAAUCGGCACUUUUCUCGCCGAUAACGGGAUUGACCAGAACUGCACAACCUUAAAGCCCGGAUCAGAGGUGUGUCUUUCACCCUCCUGUACACUUUAUAAAGUCAAAGAGGGAGACACCUGCAAAACUAUUCUUGAAGGAAAGGGUUACUAUAAGAACCAGCUGCUAUCUUGGAACCCGACACUCCGCACCAAUUGCGAUAAUCUUGAAACCGUGGUUGGACAGGGUAUCUGCAUUUCUCCACCAGGAAGCUCGACAUGGGACGUUACGACGACCAACCGGACGUCCACUAUGAUCUUUACUAUGUUCCCCGGGGACUGGGAAACCGGCCCAGCACCAACUCAGGUGACAGAAUCUCCGACAUACACUGCUUUGCCGACCAACUUCUCCCCCAUAACAAGUACAUACACAGUCAACCAAACGGCACAAAGUAUGAUUGAAGACUACUCUAAGUACUGCCCUAUUUUGGAUGAAGACUACGAAGAUGGCUUCCGGUGGGAAGACCUUUCAGACACUUGUCAGGAUCUGCUUGAUCCUUACUGUAGUCCUGAUAUCCACUCCCCGUCGCCUAAAUCAACCGAGUUCCCAGGCUCCUGCACGCCAACUGUUUCUGCUACUCCAACUGCCUCAUCGACGCCCGCUCCGUCGCCAACACUAGAUGGUACGACCGCUCGGUGUAACAAAUACCAUUAUGUUGUGGCGAACGACACCUGUCCUGCGGUUGUUAAAAGAUACGGUAUUACGCUCACUGAUUUUUAUUCCUGGAAUCCUGGAGUCGGACCUGACUGCCGCACUCUCAAGACCGAAUACUAUGUUUGCGUUGGUGUUUCUGGAACUUCGACCCCAACAAACACCAUGGGAACUACUUCUGCGACAGCAACUACAACCGGUAAUGCCACCCCUUCACCAACUCAGGAUGGCGUCACAUCCAACUGUGAUGACUGGCAUUAUGUGGAAGCUGGAGAUCAAUGUUUUGACCUAGCAAAGAAGUAUAAUAUUACACUCAAUGAGUUCUACGACUGGAAUCCCGCAGUCGGGGAAGGUUGUAAGUCUCUCAAAACGGAAUACUAUGUCUGCGUGGGGGUAAAAGGUGGCACAGUUCCCUCUACGACUACUUCUAAGCCAACGUCUACCGGUGGUGGCACUACCACCAGCCCAUCGGAGACCUUGCCAGGAACUAUUGAGACUUGCAAAAAGUAUUAUAAGGUUGGGGAAGACGAUGGAUGCUAUGACAUCGCCGCUGCACAUGAUAUCACUCUGAAGAAUUUCUAUGCUUGGAACCCGAGUGUCAAAGAUGACUGCAGUGGCCUCAAAUUUGACACCUACGUCUGUGUGGGGAUUUAG